UGAGUAAAACGUUAAUCCGUGUUCACUAGCAAGUUAUUCCCCUUCCUAAAUAUAUGUAUAUAUACAAAUAUAUGUACCAUCACUAAACUUGCAAAGAGUGUAUAGGUACUGGUAAUCGAGCAGCGGCUAUAAAUACGACCCUCUUCCAAGUCUACGUACCAGUUUACAGUCACAUGUUGGACGUAACCGAUCUCCUAGUCAUUACUCAAGACAAACUCUGUUGAGUGUCGUAAUAAUUCUGAAAAAUUACCUUUGAGACUGGAAGGAAGUUUUGAAAGUGAGCUUCCGUUCUAAACAUGUGUAUUCGCACGUGUACCGGGGAUGGAGUGGAAAAUGCUGAAGAGUUUACUUCGGAAAAGGUCGGGGACAGUCAACUAGUAGGAACUUUUGAGGACAGUCGAAUGGAGGUAAUUAACACAGAGAUUUUGCCGACGAAACCGGAAGGUAUAAUGCAGUGUCCGUUUCAAGCUCAGAGAAAAACUUUUAAAGCUAAAGAUAAGUUUAUCAAAAAGUACGAAGACAUAAUGCAGAAAGAUCAGGAAAUUUUUCAAGGGGACUCGGAUGUUUCUACUGAUGUCCUGGGAAAAAUGGUUGGUAACUUCAGAAAUGUGUGCAAGAUCAUCAGCUACUACUGCAACAUCAAUGAGAAGUCGGCGUUGUUCAAAAUAAUGUUCGCAACAUCUCAGCCGGCUCACAUAAUUAUGGUUGCAGUUGUCCUCUAUAUUUUAUCAAUUAUAAAUCCAUCUGCCAGCAAAACACAAAUUUUAAACAGUUCCCACUCGAAAUUGACAUCAUUUAUUUAUCUUACGUCUUUUAUUGUUCAUUUCGGAGCACAAAUUUGGAUGACUUUUGUAUCAGGUCUUUCACUGUACUUUGCAUUACCAAGGCAUACAUUCAAUGACGUACAGCGUGUUCUCUUUCCUCGUUAUUUUACGAUAAAUGCUUGUUUAAGCUUUAUAACACUCGUUAUCUUCGUUAAACACCAUCCGUUCCAUACGUGGGAUACAGAAAUAGCUACCCAAGUAUCCGGAAUGUCAGUGGCAUUAAUACUUGAGUUAUUAAUCCGCCUGUACUUUACACCUCCGCUUCUGCGUUUGAUCGCCGAAAAAAAAGGGAUCGAACAGGCAGCAGGAGUUGGAUCCGAGACUGGAUACCAGAGCAUGGGGGCAUUAAAAGACUGCCCGCAUUAUUUGAUGAUCCAUCGCGCAUUCCGUAAAACCCAUGGCUGCAUCGCUAUGGGCAACAUCAUCACCAUGGUCUGCUCUGUCAUUCACCUCUGCUAUUUAUCAAAUAAAUUCUGCGCUCUAAUUUAGUAUUAAUAAUAAUUACUAUUAUUUAAUUAAAUAGAUUUAUUUUAUAUGACUUUAAUUUAUUGAUUUGACUGACUAGCUUAUUUAGGACAUACUCGUCUGCUAUUGUCU